CGAGUUCAGGAUGUGCAUUGACUACAGGGGUCUCAACAAGAUCACUUGGAAGAGUAUUGAGCCACUUCCUAGGAUCGAUGACCUCCUGGAUAUGGUGCAGGGAUGUACAGUGUUCAGCAAAGUCGACCUCAAAUUUGGCUACCACCAGAUUGAGAUGGCAGAGGAGGAUGUCUACAAGACAGCCUUCAAGACCAGGUAUGGGACUUACGAGUUCCUGGUCAUGCCAUUUGGACUUUGCAAUGCCCCAGGCACAUUCCAGACAGAGAUGCACCGCAUCUUCAGGCCUUACCUGGACAAGUUUAUGGUUGUCUACCUGGAUGAUAUCCUGGUAUUCAGCAAAACUGUCAGGGAGCAUGCGGAGCACUUGGCUUUUGUCCUUCAGUCGUUACGUGACAGCCAGUACAAGAUCAACAGAGAGAAGUCCUCUUUUGGAGUUCCCUCUGUCAUCUAUCUGGGUCAUGUAAUCUCUGGAGAUGGUCUGGCUCCUGAAGCAGCCAAGAUUGCUGCUAUUCAGGAGUGGCCUCAGCCUCAGACAGUGAGGGAUGUCCGGUCUUUCAUGGGUUUGGCCUCCUACUACAGAAAGUUUGUCAGGAACUUUUCUGCAGUGGUCGCACCCCUGACUAACCUUACAAAGAAGGACACUCCCUUUCUUUGGUCCCUCCACUGUCAGUUGGCCUUCACACGACUCAAGAAGGCCUUGACUCAUGCGCCUGUCCUGAAGUCACCUGACCCCACUCUGCCAUUUAUCCUGACCACUGACGCCAGUCAGUAUGGCAUUGGGGCAGUUCUUCAGCAGGAUGAUGGGAAUGGUCUACGGCCUGUAGAGUUUAUGAGUAAGAAGAUCAAGACUCAAAAGCUCCAAGACUCUACCUACGAGAAAGAGCUUUAUGCUCUUGUCUGUGCCCUGAAACAUUGGAAGCACUUUCUCCUGGGCAGGCACUUCAAGAUCUUCUCAGAUCACUCCACCCUGCAGUGGAUGAAGUCCCAGAGAGAGUUAAACGAUAAGUUGGCACGGUACAUUCAGUUCAUUGACAUGUUUGACUUUGAACUGAAGCACAAGAAGGGCUGCUACAAUAAGGUAGCAGAUGCCCUUUCUCGUAGGCCUGACUCUUUUGCGUUGAUCUCCUCUACUCACUCCUUUGGAGAGGAGACCCGUCAGACCAUUGCUCGUCUACUGCCUCAGGACGAGACUUUUGGACACAUAGUCAGGAAUCUGCAAGCAGAUCCUAGCUCUGAACCAGGCUAUGCUCUGAGUUCAGACCUCCUGUAUACUUACAGCAGAGGUGAGGAGCGCUUGUGCAUCCCUCAGGACCAGCGGCUCAGGACACUGCUGAUGUCAGAGUGUCAUGAUGCCCGUGGACAUUUUGGGUUCCUAAAGUUUUAUGCAGCCCUGUCGCAGUGCUUCUUCUGGAAGGAGAUGCGGAGUGAGAUGCUGCGUUAUGUGGAUACCUGUGAGCUCUGCCAAAGGAACAAGGUUCAGCAUUUAGGCAAGACCACCCCUUGUGGUAUGCGUCAGGUUAUGGUCUGCGUGGACAGGUUCUCCAAAUACGCAGAGUUCAUCCCCUUGCCAGAGGUAGCUAGGGUACCAACUGUGAGAGCAGCCUUCUCUGAGAGGUGGGUCACACACCAUGGACCGACCACUUCUAUCGUCAGUGACCGAGACCCCAGAUUUUGCAGCGAUGAGUGGCAGUCCUACUGCAAGGACUAUCUGCACUCACGACUGGACAAGACUUCUGGUCAUCAUCCUGAAGCCAAUGGGUUGGCUGAGGUGAUGAACCAAGUCUUAUUCCAGCUGCUGCAUCCUGUCAUCUCUCCAGAUCAACAGGACUGGGAUCUUCACUUAGCGAGGGCACAGCUCAUGUAUAACAUGCCUGUCCACUCCUCGACGGGGUUCAGUCCCUACCAGUUACACUGGGGACGUGAACCACGACAGCCUCUCGAUGAUAUCAUCGAUAAGGCUAAGCCUGAUCUGACACCAGGCACCGCAGAGUUCACCAGACGCUAUCGUUUAGAUGUGGAAAGAGCCCGCGCAAACUUGUUCAAAGCCCAAAAGGCUAUGAUUGAACAAGCUAAUCGCCACGGGCGGCCUUCCCCCAUCCGCACUGGUGACCAUGUCUGGGUGGCCAGCUCUGAGUUGUCGAGGGAGGAGGAUAUCUCUCCCAAGUUGUUGCCACGUUACCUGGGUCCAUGGCAGGUCCUAGAUACAGUAGGCGCUGAUCCCUUCGGUCCGUCGUAUGUCAUCGACGUCCCGCUGCAUCUACGCACCUACCCGGUCUUCCAUGCAUCCAAGCUGCUGCCUUUCACGCCAGCUGAUGCAUUCCCAGACCGGCCCCCUCAAUUCGGUCCACCAAUCCCUGGCAAGGGAUAUGACGUGGAGUGGAUUGAGGACGAGUGGGGCACAGGCCCCGACCGGCAGUAUCUUGUCAGGUUCGCUUUUCAGCCCCCUUCUGAUAACCGGUGGUUCUACAGAAGAGACCUGAUCAAGAUAGCAAAGUUCAUUGUCUUGCGAUAUGAAGCGGCGCAGAAGGGUAACCUUCGCCGUUCACCUCGCCUGCACCCUUAGCUCCGAGGUCCUCGCUCCCGGGGAGGGUAAGCCUGCAAUGACUUGUUGAUUUCCAUUGCCGAGACUGUCUGCGAG